CCUGAUGGGAGAAGCCCGUGGCAAUCUGGGCAAGGGAGGAGACACUACAGUGGUCGGUGGAGCAGCAGAAAGAGAUGCAAAAGGCCUUACAGUCAUUCCAAGCAUCCCCCCACCUGGAAGGGAAAUCCCUCUGAACAGCAAAAAAAGCCUCCAAGAGUUCAUCUGAGAGUAGGAUCAGCCGCAAUCACUUCGCCAUCUGGCUGUGUCCCAGGACUCCACCACCAUGCCCCCUGCCGUCACCGUCGUGACUGAGGGCUACACACGGACUCAGUACUGUAAGUGGCCAUGCGAGUGUCCCAAGUGGCCCCCUCAGUGCCCAGCAGGGGUCAGCCUGAUCACCGACGGCUGCGAGUGCUGCAAGGCGUGUGCCAAACAGAUUGGAGAGAACUGCACGGAGGCUGAUACCUGCGACUUCCACAGGGGCUUGUACUGUGACUACAGUGGAGACAGACCUAGGUACGAAAUAGGAGUAUGUGCACAAAUUGUGGGCGUGGGCUGUGUCCUUAAUGGAAUCCGGUAUAAAAACGGGGAGACCUUCCAGCCCAAUUGCAAGUACAAUUGCACAUGCAUUAAUGGGGUUGUGGGCUGCCUGCCGUUGUGCACCAACUCACGCCCCCCGCUCGUCUGGUGCCCGAACCCAAAGCAAAUUAAGAUAGCAGGCAAGUGCUGUGAGCAGUGGAUCUGUGAUGACUCAAAGAAGAUCAGGAAGACAUCUCCACGACAUAUCUCCGCCGCAGCUUACGAAGGAGAGACUGAAUCCUGGCAGAAAAACUGCAUCAUUCACACCUCAGCCUGGAGCCUCUGCUCGAAAACCUGCGGACUGGGGAUCUCGACGAGAAUCUCCAAUGACAACGACCAGUGCCGGCUCGUGAAAGAGAGUCGCCUCUGCAACAUGCGGCCCUGUGAGGUGGAUAUAACCAAACACAUUAAGCCUGGGAAGAAAUGCUUGGCCGUGUAUAGGGCAGAUGAACCAAUGAACUACACCAUAUCGGGCUGCGUGAGCAAAAGUACAUACAGGCCAAAAUACUGUGGUGUCUGCACAGACAACAGGUGCUGCUCUCCGUACAAGUCGAAGACUAUUGAAGUGAGGUUUGAGUGCCCGGAUGGAACUGGAUUUUUCCGGAAAAUCAUGUGGAUCAACGCCUGCUUUUGCAACCUGAGUUGCAAGAACCCCAACGACAUCUUUGCUGACUUGGCACAUUACCACGAUUACUCUGAAAUAGCCAAUUAAAUUGGCCGAAUGCUGGAGUGAACC